GAAUUCAACAUAUCACAUCUCGCUACAGAUUGCGCGAGCGUUUAGUGCGACCCGCGCUUCGCGCUGCAUCGUCAUCGUCGUCGUUAACGAGAGAGCGGGGAGAAAAUUUUCUCGGACUGUUUUCGCCGGGGAAUUGAUGAGAGACGAGAAUACUCAAUAUGGAGAGUGAACAACAACAAUGUAGUAACGAGUUGAAGCCGAAAGAUAGGUUAGUCGGCCUGUUGGAUCAAAUUGAGGUGCACGUAGAACAAUUGAGGAAGGAUGCCUCUAGGCUCGAGGAGGAGAAGGACAGUCUCCUGACCACGUUAGACACUCUCCGGAAUAACGAUCUCCUGUGCACUCUCGAAGAGCCCGACAGAGAUGAUGUCUUAAGGUAUGCUGAGAGAUUGUCCAUGCGAUGUUUGACCGUGGAUGUAUUGGUGAAAGUCCAACGUGAUCAUAUUCAGCAGGAAGCACUACAUCAGGUUAAUGGCCUCAUUGACGGUUUAGUCGUGGGUUUGCGUCAAGAUCCCAGCGGUACUCGACAGAGGUGCGCAGAGUUCAUGAACGCGUGUUCCUCCCAUGGCAUAGGACAUUCCGAUAAAAUUUUUGAGACUGCCAUUCUCGGAUGCACGAUGGAUGACCAAAAGCGCGUGAAGAAGAGGUUGCAGGGACUGCUCGACUACAUAGAUAAGAUGCACAUCUUGGAGCUACAGUGAAGCCCGUGGCCGAGAAAAGAAAGAGAUCAUCCAACAGAAUAAAUUUAACGAUGUUUGCGCGUUUUUUGCAAUCGAUCGGAUUUCAGAUGAAAACAGAAAGUUUCCCGGCUAAGCUACGACACUCGUACUUACGACAGAGAAACCUAACGGCGUUAUCUCAAUUUUAGCGAAUUUAGGGAGCAUACCCCUGAGUGUAUCUCCGGCAAAUUACAUUCAUUGUGUUUUCCCCGCGAGGCCGCGAUGAUUUAUCGAUCAUGAUAUCCUUCUUUGAUAGAAAUUACGAGUGAAUCGCCGCGUGAAGCAUUACCGUAUAGAACCAAGCAGGAUUUAGCGACAUAGCAGACACAACGUUGCCUACGAUUUCUCUUCUUAACUCGAUGGUUAAAAAGAAGACCUGUUUUAACACAUUUUAAGACACAUCUAGCGUCCCGGCACUUCAGCAAAGAGGUCUAUCUUCACUCGAAAAAAGUGAUGUCUAACACUGACGACAGUUUUCCGAUGCAUUGUACAUUUCGAAAUAAAGUAUCGAAGUUUUUAGAAGUCAUGUACAUACGAGAAAUUUAGAACUGUUAUGUUACACGACGAUGUGACAUUCUAUAUAGAGUGAACAUCCAAUGAGAGCCUUUGCACUCUCUUAGCUUGUUUGUUUCAAACCGGAGCAUCACUCAGCUAAUCUCUGCUUCGAGUGAUGUCAGAAAGCAACGAUUUCAUUUGAUUUCUUUUGAAAUCGCGAAGUCAUAUCUCUGUACUUUCGAAACUUCGCAUUUUCCCGACCGACGCUCGUGUGUAUGUGUGUGUAUAUUUUCGAGUCUCAAAGUCCUCGCUCUUCCCUCCUUUUUUUUUUUUGAAUUUUUAUUCGCGCUGUGCUGAUCAUAUUUUGGACGUCUCUGCGUUUUCCUCGAUAGCGCUUCAUUGUCAGAGAUUUAUUUUGUUUCUAGCAAAAUGUACAAAGACUCAUUGUGUUCUGUAAUAAUUAAAUAUAAUAAAAAAUACGGCAUA